GCUGAAGUAAAUAAUGUCUUUUUUCCAGUCCUGAAGACUGCGUCAACUCUUCAGCUAUUCCACGGAAGAAUUUUAUUUCUCACAAAUUUGGAGUAAUUGCACCCUGCUGAACACCAACUGAAAAUUUUACAGAUUUAGUUUUCAAGGAAACCACCUAACAAGCCAAAAUGGAUAAGUUUCGUAUGAUGUUCCAGUUUCUUCAGUCCAACCAAGAGACGUUUAUGCAUGGUGUUUGUGGCCUUAUGGCACUGGCUAGUGCUCAACUCUACUCCGCUUUUGAGUUCAACUGCCCCUGCAUGCCUGAAUACAACUACUCCUAUGGAAUUGGUGUACUGGUAAUUCCAGCUCUUUGGUUCUUUCUACUCGGGUUUGUCCUGAACAAUAACGUGUCUAUACUUUCCGAGGAAUGGAAACGACCAGCAGGUCACAGAGGCAAGGAUCCUACAAUUUUGCGCUACAUGUUCAUUUCUGUGUCACAGCGUUCAUUGGUUGCCCCUGCAGUCUGGAUUACGGUCACAUUAAUGGAUGGGAAAAGCUUCCUUUGUGCAUUUAGUAUGGACUUGGAUAUUUCUGAGUUUGUUAUUGGAAAUUUUACUGGGCAUGACCUAUCGGAGGAGGAGAUGAUAACGUUGCUUGCCAAAAUCCCUUGCAAACACAUAUUUGAUGGACAGCAUAUUUUAUCUAGAGAAGCAGCCACCAGGUAUAUACGAUGUGUGUCACAGGCAUUCGGCUGGCUCUUCCUGUUGAUCCUUACGUUAAUUGCAUUCGCCGUCCGUGCCGUUCGUCCUUGCUUCAGCCAAGCUGUGUUCCUCAAAACUAAAUACUGGUCGCACUAUGCCGACAUCGAGCGUAAGAUGUUUGACGAGCUCUGCGCGGAGCAUGCCAAGAGUUUUGCCAAAGUCUGCAUCCAUCAGUACUUUGAGAGUGUCAGUGGGGACAUGCGCAGCUUACACGGCCAACACGGGGAUGACAAUAAAGAGGACGAUGAUGAACAGUCUAAAGAGGACAAUAAACUGCUAGGCAUUCACACCCAGGAGGAGAUGAAUAAAGUUUUAUGGAAUUGGCACAUAUCUAAGCCUCCGUUAAGUCUGAGAAAGAGUGGAGCCAGUGAUGAUGCCAACACCAAAGCAAAUGGAAACCAAAAUGGGGUGAAAACUGGCUAUGACAACCUUACAUUUACCACAGAUCAAAAGGCCUAUGAGAAUGGAUACAUCACAUCCAAAAAUGGAAAUAGCUAUAUGAAUGGUAACGCUCACAUGAACCAGCACACCUGGAAUGGAUAUGAUCACCCAUCCAGCAUUAAAAAGAAAGAGUGGGCUGUAUAUUACAGCAAGGUCUGAAGAUCUUAGUGGUGGAGAUAUUGCUAAAUGCUUCCAAUGCUGACAGAAAUCAGCUACACUAAAGGAACAGGCAAAUUUAAGCCUGGGCAAAGGUUUUAGAAGAACAAAAAAGACACAAUCUCUGUACAUUGCAGACAAAGCUGAGUUUUCAUUUAAAUAAAAUCAGAUUUAGACCUAACGUUCCUAUAUUCCUUGCUCAAGCAGAACUGAGUGAAGACGUAGCAUCUGGUUUGCCUUCUGAAUCCUUUGACUACGGCUCAUUCAGAAACUGAAUGUCUAUUGUAUGGGAAUGUGUGUAUUAUGGGGUGUUGUCCAGUAAAUGCUCUAUAGCGCACUUUCAUCUCAUCAAACAUUAUGAAGAGCAGCUAGCAAUUCCUGAACAAAUGCCAACAAAGCAUCACAAUGUCUUGGACAUAGAUAAAAGUAAAUUCUCUCUUGUUUAUGCAGUACUGCGCAGACUGUGUGUCUGCUCACACCCGUCUCGCUGACCCUCACCACCUCUUGCAAAUCAGGACAGGGAGGCAAUCAUGCAGCUUUGCAUACUGAUGAAGAAACAAAAUCACCAUUUGCAUAUGUCUGCUUUCGUCCACCUUUUGACAGAUGUUCCUUUAGAGAGAUUUAAGAUUCAUAUCAGACUUUAGAUGUUCGUAUUCCUGAAGAUUUUUACUGUUCUUAAUGGACAUUAAGCAUAUCACCACAUUGCACAAACACUGAUUAUAUGAUUAUAUUUAUGUUUGUGCUUUUUUGGUAUGUAUGGUUUACUUGUUUAGCAUGUUUGUCAGUAGAUGACUUAAACUAAUACAAAGAAAAUAUUAGUGUGCUAUUCCUCUGGUCCCACCAGAGUGCACCGUUGACUAUAUUCUGUCCACAUUUAUAGUAGAGACAAUAUAAAUUAAAUAAUAAUUAUUAGUGGAUGGACCUGGGACAAUGCAUAUGUAAUCUGAUCGUGUAUGUGCUGCCAUCCAGUGUCAUGAAUAAUUUGUAAUGACAGCCCAAAGACUGUUCUUGUUUAUCCAUACAACAUAAACAAUGAAAUAUGAUUUUUUUUUUUUUUUUUUACAACUGCACUGUGAUUCAUUUCAAUAAUAGUACAUUAUUUUACCAUAUCUGGCAGAUGGGUUAAUUUUUAAAAAGUAUUUUUAGUUACAGCUGGAAGUUCAGUGGUUAAGGUGCUGUGUUACCAAUCAGAAGGUCGAGGGUUCAAGUCAUUAAUCCUCUCUGCUCCAGGGGCGCUGUAUCAUGGCUGACCCUGUGCACUGACCCCAAUUUCCUAACAAGCUGGUAUGUGAUGAGAAGAAUCUCGCUGUACUGUAAUGUAUAUAUGACAAAUAAAUGCAUUCCUUCCUUCUUAAAGGAAUAAUCCAGCAUUUUUCCACCUAAAUCUAAAACCUAUCUUGAUCAUCAGUAGCUUAUGUGCAAUUGUCACAGACAAUUCCCUGCACUUAAAAAAAUAAAACCCUUUGACUUGAAACUUGUUUAAGAUCAUAGUUCUGCAUGAAUUCUAAGUGCAGUUGUUGAACUGUCAAUAAAUAUUUAAAGUAGGCAAUUAUAUAGUGCAAAUUCAAAACUAUAAUCUUUGUACUCCAACAAUAAAGGCAUAUGAGACACAAGAGACUUUAUUGAACUUGCAAACACUGGAGCAGUUAGACCUAAUCUGGUUGUUUUUAAGGCAGCCUGGGAAAAUCCUUUACAUCAUUAAAUUUUAGAAAAAUUUCCACUAUACUGUAAUACUUCAGAAAAUGGCAGGUUUUCUAGAACUGAAUUUCUAGAACUGCAUUUCCCUUUUCCAUGUAUCUCAACCAGAAGUAAAGUUAUAGUAUUUUAAAAUCUGGUUAAAGUCCCAAAAGUGAAAAGGGAGAAAAUUGCAUUUAAAGAUUUCAUUCCAGUUCCACUGAAAGACACCCCGCCUAGCUCUACAUGUUGAACCUAAUCUACUUAAAGGAAAACAACAUUACUGCCCAAUUUUAAAGAAUUACAAGUUUACAGUGGGAAAUGAGCCAUCAAUUUGAUUAUCAUCAUCCUCAUCAGUCACUCAUUUAAACAUGCG